AGCCUCCCCAGAGCUUCCGGCUCCUUUUCUCGGCCUGGUUUUCUCAGGAAGAAGCCAGAAUUUGUCGGUUUCCGGGGGACGUUUUAGGAAGGCGCACUCGCCUCUUCCGGUGUCUCCCGGCACUUUUCCACCGGGCGCACGUGGGUUCCCCAGAAGUUUGGGGCAGGUGGGGAUCGCCGCGCGCCGGGACUGUGAGGGCUCCGGCUGCGGCAUCGACGUCACCAUGCUAGUAAACCAAAGCUGGAAUCUGAACCCAGGACUCUCCAGAUUCCAGCCAAAAACAUCGAAGGGGAAAAGUGCAGGACAACAGAAAAAAGUUAUCCAUCCUUACAGCAGAAAAGCAGCUCAACUUAAUCGAGAAACUCACAAACAAGAAAGAAAGGAAAAGUUGAAGAAUGAAAAGGCUUUGCGUCUGAACAUUGUAGGUGAGAAACUGCUAUGGUUUCAAAGUCACCUUGAUCCCAACAAAAGAGAGUAUUCAAAGAAAGAUGCUUGUGAACUAAUAGAAAGUUAUUUACAUCGGUUCAACAGUGAACUGGAACAGAUUGAGUUGCAGAACAGCAUCAAAGGCAGACAGGGAAGGAGGCACUUUUCUCGAGAAACAGUCAUCAAACAGACGGUGGAGCGUGAGUGGAAACUCUACGAAGGAUAUGGCAUUGAAAUUCCUGACAUUGUGAAUGCAAAACAUUUGAGGACUUUCAGGGAAUGGGAUGGUGAUCUGAAGAAACUGCCAAAUAUAAAGAUGAGAAAAUUUUGUGCUAAUGAUGGAAUUUCUAACAAGGAUAAGAAGAAAGAUGUUGUGCCUACAGAGGUGGACUUGGGGAAUAUAGACAGCCAAGAUGGAUCAGAUGACUCUGAUGAGGACAUGCCUGAGGUGGCAUAGUUCUAGUUGAUUUGACUGAAGAAGAAAUAAAUACACUCUAGUACUCUCAAA